AGGCAAACUACGCCGUCGCGUCGCGCAGUACCCGCUCCACUCCACAUCACGUAUACGUAUCAUUGCCAAAGCGCGUUGCGAAUCGCUUUUGACCAAGCGGCAGCCGUUGAAUUCGUUGGAUAUACGCGUUGGAUCCGGCAUAUAAGCAAGUGAAUUAUUCGCGUUGUCAUUCAAGAAUUAAUCUAAGGACAUAAAGACUUCAUAUCAGUUUGGCUACAAAUGCUUCUAAGCCACCUUUACAUAUUUGUAUUACGGAAAAAGCAGUGAGUGCAUUCGAGAAAAUGCCUCACAAGUUUCUCGAGCGCCAGUACCAGCUACAGGCGCAGAAGCGCCAUGAGGAGCACGUACGCCAGGACUACUACCGAGAGACGGCUCGGUACUUCGAACGAGAGGCCGCAGCGGCCCAAAAGUUCAAUUCCUGGAGCACAAAAGGCCGCGAAUGCUACUCCGACAGAUUGGAGAAACUUCAGCGAGCUGAGAACCUCAAGAAACGACGAGAGAAGCUUCGUCGGCUGUUUGCCGAAGAGAACGAGAAAUUCGAGAAGGAAUUGGAAGAACAGAGACUGACGAGGAGGCGGUCGAACGAAGCUAUCACGUUGGAAGAGCUGAGGCAAAAGUUGAUGGAGAAAAAAGCUGAACAGAGCUUGUACUAUCCGAACGCGUGUAGGUUGCGGAGUUACGCGUUCAGCCCUACGUAUGCGGCUAGAAAGUUAGAAGCGUUAGAUAAUGCGAAUAAUGGCUCCGAUAGUGUCAGGCCUGUUAGCGGGAACAGUCAAAGGCACACACGGUUCUCUACGAGUCCUUCAAUUGGGAGGGCCUUGUACUACGACUACGAGGAAAACAAUAACAACAACGAGGACAACAAGAGCUUAACACCUACCAGUCGACGCUACACCGAAUCCUAUAGAACGGCAAAGAUGUCCGAGCACGAUAAGAUGUCCGAGCACGUUCCGAGAUCGAAUCUGCGAUUCGCCGCUCGUUCCAACCAGCAGAGUAUGUGCGAAACCAACCUCAGAGACGACGAUUAUCCACGAGAAUGUCAUAACAUUACCCAUACCCCACAAGAGAACAAUGGCCAGUAUCUAUUUCCGAGUGAGCAGGAGGAACAGCGUCAGCAAAACAACAAGUCUAAUCAGACAAACGAGGCACAGCAGGAAUAUCGCGACGAUGAUUCCAGCGAGGCUCAGGAAGAUCGAUCAGUCGAAGAGAGACUCGACGAACUUAAUAUGGAAGGCCGAUCCAACGCCUCCUCGGAGUACGAGCAGUCGCUGCCCGAGGAGCGUCGCGAGGAAGUUGACGAGCCAGAUCAUGCGCAGGUAAACUCAGCUCCUCUGCAUGCGGACUUUACAGCACCGACGGCCUUUGUACGCCACACCGAGAACGAGAAAACUGACGAUCAUAAUGCGGCAGAAGACAUGGACAGACACCGCAGGGGUAAUAUGCGUCAGAAGGAUGCCGACGUGGCUGGCGAUGCCGACAUUUCCGUCCAGAUGUAUCGCUACCUCAAGCACAAUGAUUUGAAGCGCCAGAUCGUGGAUCUCUGCAAGAGAGAGCACACGUUUGUAAUUAAGCAAAGCUUUGACGAUGCAUUGAGACUCAGGGAGAUGAGAAAUGAGUUGAUUCUGUUGAAGAAUAAGAAUCUCUAUGAGAACCAGGAUCUUGCCAUCGACGAAGAGACCAGAAAAACGGGACUCGAAGUCAUCGCUGCCCGGGAGAAACUCAACGAGAAAAGAACAAAGAUGCGCAACACCGGAUUGUACAGUGACGAAGCAAAAGAUUUGUGGAAGCAGUGGGUCCACGAGGACGAAGCCAUUGCCAAGACCGAGACUAAUGCCAUGAGAGACUUGAUGCUGCAGGAGCUGGAGAACGAAUGGCAGAAUUUGGCCCUUAGUGACAAGAACCGAAUUUCCCAGCUGUACGAUCGUGUCAUGAUCGGAUCCGACUUACAGGACGAGCAGAAGCUCGCGGCUGUGAUUCGCGCUGCCAACGAAGGCCAAAAGCAGUACAUGAAUUACCUAGGGCAAUAAAUAGGCUGUUCCUCAUCAUGGUUUUUCCUCGAUUGGUUAUCAUAUUCGCAGUGUUUAGCUUUAACCUUCACGUCGCGCUAUGAAUAACAUUAUUUACCAAAAAUGUUUCUAAUGUAAAUCGCUUUUUAUUUUUUGGGAUGAAGAACAAAAAAAUAACGUAAGAUGUUUUUGGCUAAUAUUUAUACAAAAUUAAGACUUCGUAAUCUGCAUUUAAAAUUUUCUAGUGUGAGCAACGGGCAGGUGUCUCAGUGAGCGCUAUUUAACCAUUUUGGACUUACUGGUCACCGCGGUGACAAGGGGUGAUUUUUAGUGUAUUUAGAGGCGUCGAAUUCGAAUUUGAUAGUUUCCUAGCUUGGAAAUUUAAAUUUUUUUAAUUUUAUAAUUCAAUACAAUCAGAUUCUACGCCUCAAAGUACAUAGACAUAAUUUGUCACCGUAGCGGCCUGAGAUGUUAAAAACUGUUCACUUAAACUCUCAUCAGCGCCCGAAUUAUUUUUGCUUGUUUUUAAGUACACUGCUGCAUUUAUAGUAUUAUAUGGCAAUUGUAUGUUCUCAAUGUACUGGUGACCUGCUGUUCGCUGUAGAUGUACUUUAGAGGUACUAUUUAUGCAAUGGAUUAUUUUUUACAGUUCAUAUUAAAAUUUAGGCUUAUGAAAUAUUAGUUCCGUGUCUCUAAAUCAUUUGAAUGAUUAAUAUUUGUAAUACAUUAAUAAUUUGUACAUUACUAGGUAAUCAUAAACGUGAAGACUAUUUUGUGUUACAAAGACUGUUGUGAGAAAAAAAUUCAUUCAUUCAAGUUUGAAAUAAUAUUAUAGCAGCUAUACAUUGUUACUGUAACGAUCAUGUGCCUUUGAUAGCCAACUUCUUUUAUAUUUUAUAUUUAACCCUUUUCAUAGAAAGUCAUGUUUGUGCUUUUCAGUGAAUAAUAAAAUCGCAGUGCAUAAUGAUGA